AUGGCGGACAACAUCCCAAAAGUGGAUGAAAACGGCCAACCUUUAUCCAAGUCAGCGUUGAAGAAGCUCGCCGCGAAAGCGGAAAAAGAAGCGAAGAAAGCAGCUCGAGCGGCAGAAUUAGCCGCGGAGUUAGAGCAACAACAGCUGAACGAGCCGGAUAACUGCACGGAAAACUACGGAGACAUGGAGAUGGUUCAAUCGCAAAAGAUUACCGAGACGAUGUGGACAAACAUCGAAGAGUUGGACGAGCGUUGUAUCGGGAAGACGGCGACGUUGCGAGGUCGCGUGCACUCCGUGAGAGCGAAAGGGAAAGGGGCGUUUCUCAUUUUACGCCAAGGGUCGGAAACCUUGCAAGUGGCGUUCUUCGUGGACGACGUGAGAGUGAGCAAACCAAUGGUCAAGUACAUUGGCAACCUGAACAAAGAAUCCGUCGUGGACAUAACCGGGGAGUUGGUGAAACCGGAACAACCCAUCGAGAGUUGCUCGAACACGAUCGUGGAAAUGACGUGCCCGAAAAUCUUUUGCGUGUCGCGAUCGAUACAGAUUCCCUUGGAAAUUUCGGAUUUGUCCCGGUCGGAGGCGGACAUCGACAACGCGCCGGAGGACAAGCAGUACUCGAGAGUGAACCAAGAUACGAGGUUGGAUAACCGGAUUUUAGAUUUGAGAACGCCGGCGAAUAACUCGAUUUUUCGAGUGCAAAGUGAAGUGUCCGCGUUGUUUCGCGAGACGUUGAGGAAGAGGGAUAUGAUAGAGAUUCAUUCGCCAAAGUUGAUUUCGGGCGCCUCGGAAGGCGGCGCGAGCGUGUUCAAGUUGGAUUACAUGGGGCAGCCGGCGUGUUUGGCACAGUCGCCGCAGUUGUAUAAACAGAUGGCUAUUAUGGCGGAUUUUGGUGGGGUCUUUGAGAUUGGACCUGUAUUUCGCGCGGAAAAUAGCAACACGCACCGUCACUUGUGCGAGUUUACCGGGUUGGAUUUCGAGAUGACGAUUAAAGAACACUACAGCGAAGUUUUGGACGUCAUCGACGAGUUGUUCGUAAACAUGUUCGACGGGUUGAGCGAACGGUGCGCGAAGCAAUUGGAGGUAAUUAAUGCGCAGUACCCGUUCGCGCCUUUGAAGUAUUUGAGAAAAUCCUUGCGAUUGGAGUUCCCGGACGGGAUUAAAAUGUUGCACGAAGCUGGAAUCACGGAGGCGGAUCCGCACGGAGAUUUGAGCACGGAACACGAACGAAUUUUAGGGAAAUUGGUCAAGGAGAAGUACGACACGGACUUUUACAUUUUGACCCGAUACCCGAUCGAAGCAAGACCGUUUUACACGAUGCCGGAACCCGGAGCUAACCCGGAGUACACGAACUCGUUUGACGUUUUCAUCCGAGGCGAAGAGAUUAUUUCCGGCGCGCAAAGAAUUCACGACCCGGAGUUGUUGACGGAGAGAGCGAAACACUUCGGCAUUCCAGUUGAAGAAUUGGAGAGCUACAUUCGAUCGUUUAGGUACGGCGCGUUGCCGCACGGAGGGUGCGGCGUCGGUUUAGAGAGAGUCGUCAUGUUGUACUUGGGCUUGAACAACAUUCGUAAAUCGAGCAUGUUUCCGAGAGAUCCGAAGCGUCUUACGCCGUAG